CCAGAUAUAUGGUGUAUCUGAUGACUCUUUGAGAGUUCCAGUAAUUAGACGAGGCUGCUUAUCAUCUGAGCUCUUUAAUGAGCUUGUGAAGAUACGAGGUGUUUUGAACUGCGGGAAGAAAAGAGGAAGAUAUUGUGGUACUACAAAAAACCGAACCAGCGACGUGUGGUUCAAAAGUGGACAAGUAAAGCUGGGCUUUGAAGUGAUAACUUUUAACAGAGGCAAUGCAAACACACAUCGACGAGCUGUAAUUGCGCUGCUGUAUUAUUGUUAAUGAUAUUGCAUUUCAUAGAUUUUUAUGGAUUUAUUUAUUUUGUAAACUCACGACUCAGUCACGUUUUCUGCCAAGAUGGAAAAGAUGCUACCGGCCCGUGAAGCUGCCAAGAUCUACCACACUAACUACGUGAGAAACGCCCGGGCGAUAGGCGCCCUUUGGGCCAUUUUCACGGUAUGCCUUGCCAUCAUAUUGGUAGUUUGCUUCAUACAGCCCUACUGGAUAGGGGACAGCGUGAACACGCCUCAGGCGGGCUACUUCGGUCUGUUUCACUACUGUAUCGGCAAUGCCCUGACCUCGGAGCUGACGUGCAAAGGAAGCCCGCUGGACUUUGCCACGAUUCCCUCUGCCGCGUUCAGGACCGCUAUGUUCUUCGUGGGGAUCGCCAUGCUCCUGAUCGUGGGCUGUAUUGUGUGCUUCGGGCUCUUCUUCUUCUGUAACGCAGCCACGGUUUACAAAAUCUGCGCCUGGAUGCAGCUAGCCUCAGCGGCGGGGCUGGUGAUCGGGUGCCUGAUCUACCCGGACGGCUGGGACUCUGACGAGGUGAGGCGCAUGUGCGGGGACAAGACUGACAAGUACACCCUGGGAGCCUGCACUGUGCGCUGGGCUUACAUCCUGACCAUCAUCGCCAUCCUGGACGCGCUCAUCCUCUCGUUCCUGGCCUUCGUGCUGGGAAACCGGCAGGACAACCUCCUUCCAGAGGACUUCAAGGUGGAGAAUAAAGAAGGGGCUCAUGCUUAG